AUGCCCGGCGAACUGGACACUAUCUAUCAGAGAAUUCAAAUCGAAAACCUUUUUCUUCUUUUUUCUUUCUUUUGUCUUUACUUCAUUUUCACUGUCUUUUUUUUAUUUGGCAAUCAUUUAUUAUUUCUUCACUAUUCUUUUUCUUUCAUUCUUUUCCGUCUUUCUCUUUCUUUUUUUUCACUUUUUCUUUCAUUCUGUUUCUUUCAUUCCAUUUCACCCGUUAUCUUUAAUCCUCUUUCAUUCUCUUCCCUUCUUAUUCCUUUCUCUUUCCUUCCUUCUCUUGUAGUCUCAACCAAUUUCUCUUUCAUACUUUCUCUUCCGCAUUUCUUUAUCUUUCCUUCUUUUUUUAGUUCUUUCAUUCGAACUCUUUCAUUUUGUUUCCUUCUUUCGCUUUCAUUCAUUCAUUUGAAUCCGUCUUUCCCUUUGGUUCUAUUUCCUUCUUUCACGAUAAUUCUUUUUCAUUUUCUUCCAUUCUUUCUUAUUUUUCUUUCAUUCUGUGUCGCUGAUUUCUUUUCAUCGUCUUUCACUUUCUUUCACUCUUUCAUUUUCAUUCUAUCUUUAGCUUUUAGUUCAUUCGUUCGUCCCGAUCUUAUUCGGGGACCCGAUCUCCCGAAUCAACAAUCAGACAAUUGA